GCCCCCACCUUCUGCUGGUUCCAGCCUGGGUGGGGUGUCCCUGGGGAAAGAUGAUGGAGGAAGUCUUGCUUCGUGUCCUCCCACCAGCCUUGCAUCUUUUCUCAGGGCCCCAGCAAAUGGGCCCACUGUGGAUCCCACUUUCCCUUUUCCUCCUCUUGUUUGGGGAGCCUGCCUGUCUGAGGAGCCAGGACCACCCCAGCUGCCCAGAGCCCAGGAAACUGGAAGCCAGUAAAGUUGUCCUCUUGCUCAGUUGUCCUGGAGCCCCAGGAAGUCCUGGGGAGAAGGGAGCACCAGGUCCUCAAGGGAAACCUGGACCCCUGGGCAAGAUGGGUCCCAAGGGUGAGCCUGGGGAGUGUGUGGAGCCGGAGCUCAUCUGCCCUCUCCUUGGCCCCGGGAGCUGCCAGGAGCUGCUGAGCCGGAGUACCACUUUGAGCGACUGGUACCACCUGUGCCUACCUGAGGGCUGAGCCCUCCCAGUCUUUUGUGACAGUUCAGACACCGCAGGUGGUGGCUGGCUAGUGUUCCAGGGGUGAUGGGAUGGUUCUGUGGAUCCUUGGUCCUCCUACACAGCAGGUGUGAGGAGCCAGGAGUCUGAAUUCUCGGGGGAUGAGAAUUUGCACCAGCUUACUCUCCAGGGUACCCAGGAGCUGUGGGUGGAGCUGGAGAACUUAGGCAACCACACCUUUGUUCCCUGUAGGUCCUUCCUCCUCCUAGUGAAGGCAGACCAUCACCAGCUGGUGCUGGGCAGGUUCUCAAAGGGCAGGGCAGGGCCUGCAAACACCCACCUUACAGUUGCUCUGAGGCUCCUGCGAGAUCACCUCUUCAAUGGUGCCAGCGGCCCCCAGAGCUUCCAAGGCAGGAAACCCUUUCCCACCGACCAUGAUACAAGUGGGAGAAACUGCAUGGUGACUGUUCCCGGCGCCUGCUGGUACGGAUCCUGCUAUCAGACCAAUCUCAACGGGCGCUACUCGAUGUUCAAAGCCCCUGCCCAUAAUUAUGGCAUCGACUGGGCCUCACGCCAAGGCGUGGGCCAUCCUUACCACAGGGAUUAAAUGGUGCUUCGCUAG